GUUUGUGUUAAAAUCAUUUCGGACUUACCGGGAUUGUACCAUCCAAACACGGACAUUGAAGGAUGACUUAAGGGUCAAUUAACUCAGAAUCGUGUUAACCAUAACAAAAAGAUUCAACCAUGUCUAAUGUCUACCAGGAUACUAAUAUAGAACUGGAGGGUGUCUGUGAAUCAACUUCACUGCAAAAUGAUAGCCGAAUUCGACAGUCCAGUGAGACGGAGAUAGAGACACCAAAACGAUGUGUGGGACUGCAUAUAUGUUGUCAGAAGAUUUCAAAACCACUACUUACAAAAUCCCAUCCGUUACCGGAAAAUCCAAGCAUUUGCCAAAGACUAAAAUAUUCCUUUCUAUGUCCCCCCCAUGGGAACCUCGCCUGGUACAUGCAGUUUCUAAUUCUAGUGGGCAUAACAUGGACAGUUCUUGUAUCGUUGACACAUUCGGAGGCCCUCCCAGGGGGAAAUUUCUUCUCGUUGUUUGUGCUGUUUUACGGAGCUAUUGUUGGUGGUUACUUCAUUUCCUUCUUUAAGCUGCCGCCUCUAUUAGGAAUGUUGAUCGUUGGUGCUGCAUUAAGAAACAUUCCGGUGGUGAAGAUUGUUGGCGAGAGCAUUUCCAUGCCAUGGUCGUCUGCUCUCAGACAAACAGCUUUGACUGUCAUCCUCAUUAGAGCCGGGCUUGGCCUUGACCCUCAGGCAUUACGGAAGCUCUCAUUCACGGUGCUGCGACUCGCUUUUAUUCCUUGCCUCGCUGAAUGUUGUGCGGAGGCAGUUGCAGCCCACUUCCUGCUUGGGUUCCCAUGGGAAUGGGGAUUUAUGCUUGGGUUCGUACUUGCUGCAGUGUCCCCGGCCGUCGUUGUUCCGUCACUCCUCAGUCUAUCAGACCGUGGCUUUGGCCUGGAUAAGGGUAUCCCUACAUUAGUCAUCGCCGCGGCCAGCGUUGAUGAUGUGUUGGCUAUCACUGGCUUCGGAGUGGUCCUCGGUAUAGCCUUCUCCAAAGGUGACAUAGCCCUGACUAUAGUGAAGGGACCGCUGGAGGCCCUGUUAGGAGUUGUAUAUGGAAUAAUCGUUGGAGUUAUAAUGUGGUAUCUGCCAUCAAAAGAUACAAAUAACCCAGCACUUUACCGGUCCCUGUUGCUGUUAGGAGCGGGAAUGUUGGCCACCUUUGGUAGUUCAGUGGUACACCUGUCUGGUGCUGGUCCUCUCGGCUGUCUCACUCUCGCCUUCAUAGCAGCACUUCGCUGGAGGAAAGAAGCUGAAAAGGAAGGCGACAAUGGAAUCAACGACAUGGUCGGCCUUCUGUGGAUGAUUUUCCAGCCUUUGUUGUUUGGUCUGAUUGGUGCCGCUGUCGACGUUAACGCCAUAGAUGGCAGCACUGUAGGUCUAGCCAUGGGAACCUUGGCCAUUGGUUUAUUCAUCAGGUUGUGUGCCUCAUUUGGAGCCGUUUUGUUCUCCGGGCUCAGCACCAAGGAAAUGCUCUUCAUUCCUAUAGCCUGGCUUCCUAAGGCCACAGUACAGGCGGCCAUCGGUGGAAUCGCAUUAGAUGAGGCAACAAAGCGAGGAGAUGCCAAUUUGAUGGCAUUGGGUACAUCAGUAUUGACCAUUGCUGUGCUGUCAAUCGUUGUCACAGCGCCCAUAGGGGCGGCCCUUAUUGCCAUAUUUGGGCCUUUGUGGUUGGAGAAACGAAAGGAAGAUGAGGAUUGUAAUGACAAUGAAGUUGAUGAUGCAUCCUGAUUAUGACGUGUUGCUGAUGACAACGAUAAUGAGCGAUGUUGGCGAUGAUACCAAAGUCUGUUGUCAACUAAAAUGGCGAUGAGAAGUUUGGGAACGCAGUGAAUCAGUGUAAAAUCCGGAAAUAGUUGAUUAAGUGCCUCUCACUUCCACACGCAGAAGAAUUCAUUUCUCAACUAAUUUUGUUCAUGAAAAGUGAAGACUUUGUGGAUAUAUAGGGCCAUUGAGAAUUUGUGGCAUUUGCCGACAAAACUGUGAAUGCAGUGAUGUGGUAAAUUCAAGAAUAGCUUUUCUUCACAAACUUAAACUACGAUGAAAUAUUAAAUCUAGUCAUUAUCCAAAUGAAUACAUUGCCGACACUCAGGGUAAACUGAUAGGAUUUGUAUUAACAAUUUAGUAUAGAAUGUAUAUUGAUUCAUUUUAUAGGGGUAUUUGAAUAUUUUAUGGGGUUAGAUAAGUGUAUACAUGUAUAUAUAUUUUGAAGGCCAGAUGAAUAUUUUAAGGGGAAGAUUGAAUAUCCUUAUGGGAAGCAUGCAUUUUAUGUUUAAGGGGUAGAUAAGUAUUUUAUGGGGAGAAGAUGGAUAUUUUAUAUUUUUCUUAUUAUAAGAUGAUUAUUUGUGAUUAAAUGUGAAUAUACAUAAUUAUAUACUUCACUGAAAGACAUCAAACAUAACUACAAAUAAAGUAAAACAAAGGAC